CCCUCCGGACGUUUUCAACUCUCGAGAAAGAAAAUACAUCAGAUAGAUAGAUAGAUAGAUCGUCAGAUCAGCUCUCCCCCACCACCAAAAUGAAGAACAUCGUCGCUCUCGUCGCCGCCACCGCCCUAGCCGCCCACGGCUCGUCGGCUCACUACAUCUUCCAGGCGCUGGCGAAAGGCACGGCCAAGGGUGUUCCGUACGAGUACGUCCGUCGAAACACGAACUACAACUCCCCCGUUACCGACCUCUCCUCCCCCGACCUCCGCUGCAACGUCGGCGGCGCCCACGGCGGCAACACCAGCACCCUCGACCUGGGCGCCGGCGACCCCUUCACCUUCACCCUCGACACCGCCGUCUAUCACCAGGGCCCCGUCUCCCUGUACAUGUCCAAGGCCCCCGCCGCCGCCGCCGACUACGACGGCAGCGGCGACUGGUUCAAGAUCAACGACUGGGCCCCCGUUUUUAAUGGCGGCCAGGCUACCUGGACCCUGAAGGACACGUACUCGUACACGAUCCCCCGGUGCAUCCCCAGCGGCGAGUACCUCCUGCGGAUCCAGUCGCUCGCGAUCCACAACCCGGGCGCGACCCCGCAGUGGUACGUCGGGUGCGGGCAGGUCAGGGUCGUCGGCGGGAGCGGGAGCGGCUCGCCCAGGCCCACCGUCAAGAUCCCCGGCGCUUUCAAGGCUACCGAUCCCGGAUACACCGCCAACAUCUACAACAACUUCCACUCGUACACGGUGCCCGGUCCCUCCGUGUUCACUUGCUAGAUGGUGACUUUGGCUUUGGCUUUGGUUCUGGUUUUGGAUACACAACCUUGUCCAGGCUGAGAUUCUGCAUAAGGUACCUACCUAGGUAGUUAGAGAAGAUAAUAGCAAUCAAUGUCG